AUGGCCAGGCUGUUGCAAGCUCCACCCAAGUUUCAUCCCUCGGAAUGGGACGUUGCAAACAAGAUGCAGCAUGCCAGUGCAGAGUCUCAGAAAUCCAGGUCAGAGCGCCUGAUAGCUGAGAGCCAGAGGCUGCUGGAUGAAAUAGAAAAGACAACUCAGAAAACUCAGAGUGAUGUCAACAAGAAAAUAGAACAGAGACAAGAAGAAAUAAAAUUCUGGAAGCAAGAAUUAGAGAACAAACUUGAACAAAUUAUUCUUGAGACAGAGGUACUGUUGACUUUCAAGACCAGGCUGGAGAAAUCUUUGGAGAGCUGCAAAGAGCCACUCAUCAUUGCCCAAAAGUGUCUUUUAUUUAGGCAGGGGCGAGCUGCGAUUGACUUGGUGCACAAUGAAGUGGCAGAACUGGUGAAGGAAGCUGAAGUCAUCCAAGGGGUUGUUGCUUUGCUUGGACAUACAUUAGAACAAACCAAUGAGCAAAUCAGGCUAAACCGUUCAGCAAAAUACAACCUGGAAAUGGACCUGAAGGACAAGUUCAGCGCCUUGAUGAUUGAUGAUUACUGUGCUAGCCUGACAAACAACACUCCUGAUCUCAGAUAUGCUGACAAGGCAGUGAAAAUAGAAGGAAAUUUUGUUAGCCCUGAAGACUGGAUAAAUUUCUCAAACAUAAAUGUUGAAAAGGCUGAUAAGCAGAGGAACAAUUCUUUGGGACUGAGGGCUCUGGUUGAUGGCAUCCUCUCGCAGACAGCAAGCGACAUGCGCAAGCAACGUGAAACGGUGAAUGCUGCUUUUAGAAACAGGGUGAGGGAAGUCAAGGAAGCUAAGCACAAGCUAGAGACACUCCUUGCAAUGGUGAUGGAUGAGACUGCCUCACAAGAGAAGAACAUUGCAGCCUUAAAGAAAGCAAUUGCUGAUAAAGAAGCACCUGCUAAGGUGGCUCAAACCCGCCUGGAAGCAAGAAACCUUCGCCCCAAUGUGGAACUGUGUUAUGACACAGUGCAUAACAGGCUGAUCAGUGAAGUUCAGGAGAUUAAACAAAAUACUCAAAGAUUAAAGGACACGCUGGCACAGGCUGAGACAGAACUGAAAGCUCUGAGCCGACGACAGCUUUCCUUGGAGGAGGAGAUCCAGGUCAAGGAGAAUACCUUGUACAUUGACGAAGUGCUCUGCAUGCAAAUGAGAGAGUCUGUUUGCACUAACAACUUCUGA